AUGGCGGGCGUCGUGUUGGCAACCGCAGGCUAUGACCACACGAUCCGCUUUUGGGAGGCAGCGUCCGGCACGUGUAAUCGCACGGUCAAGUACCCAGACUCGCAAGUCAACUGCUUGCAGAUUACGCCGGACAAGAAGUACAUGGCCGCAGCAGGAAAUCCGCACAUUCGCCUGUUUGAGAUCAACAGCAACAACCCGAACCACGUGACGAGUUAUGAUGGCCACGCGAGCAACGUUUCGUCGCUAGGCUUCCAGCGCAAUGGCAAGUGGAUGUACUCGUGCUCGGACGAUGGCAGUGUCAAGAUCUGGGACUUGAGGGCCCCCGGCUGCCAGCGCAGCUACAAUGCUGGCGUCCCGCUCAAUUCCAUCGUGCUGCAUCCGAAUCAGGCCGAGCUUCUCGUUGGCGAUCAGAACGGAUUCGUUCGCGUGUACGACCUCACGGCUAAUACGAUGGUCACUAAAUUGGAGCCACCAACGGGAGAGACCGGAGAAAGCAGUAUUCGAUCCGUGGAUGUGGUGCGAGACGGUAGUGCAAUAGUGGCGGCUAACGAUCAAGGCAAGUGCUUCUUCUACCAGCCCAAACCGGAAGGCCACUACGAGCUGCAUGGCUCCAUUCAAGCGCACAACAGCUACAUCCUCAAGACGCGAAUUAGUUCCAAUGGAAAGUUCUUAGCUACUUGCUCGUCCGACAAAACGGCCAAGGUGUGGAGCCUUCCAGCAGUUAUCGCCGCUUCAGCAAUCGGCGACGACCCGGAUGCAGAGAUGCUUGGCAAUGGAUCAAACUGCUCUCAGAGACAAACGAGAUCGUCGAGCAUGGGCUCCACGCUUGGUCCAACUGCACCUCCUGUACCAAGCAGCAGUGGACUCAUUCAUACGCUGCAGGGCCAUCAGCGGUGGGUUUGGGACUGCGCGUUCUCGGCAGUGUCGUCAUAUUUAGUGACAUGUUCGUCGGACCAGAGCGCUCGUCUUUGGGAUCUGAGCCAGGGCGAGGCAAUCCGCCAGUACAGUGGUCAUCACAAGGCCGUGAUCUGCGUGGCACUCAAUGAUGCUGUCGCAGAUUGA